UACUGUGGCGUGUUCAAUUGCCCUCGUGAACUCUCGCUGUAAACAUGGUGGGAGCAUGGACAAUGAACGAGACGGCGGAAGAUCAGCGGUUACCUCACAUGACGGACCCACCUCAGUUUGUCACUUUAGAGGAUCUCAAAGCAAAAGUCGGAGUUUUGUACUGGAAGUUGAGUGGAGAGCCCGAUGACAGCCAGCUCGCCAAGAUUCGCGCAGAACGAGGUUACAACUAUGUAGACACUAUUGACAUCGCGCCCGAUAAACUACCAGACUACGACAAAAAGCUGAAGAUGUUCUUCGAGGAGCACAUUCACAGUGACGAAGAGAUCCGGUACAUCCUGGCUGGCAGUGGCUACUUCGACGUCCGCGAUAGGAACGACAAGUGGAUCAGGAUCCAGUGUGAGAAAGGAGACCUGCUCAUCCUUCCUGCCGGGAUCUACCAUCGCUUUACUCUCGACGAAAAGAAUUAUAUCAAAGUCAAUCGACUGUUCGUGGGAAACCCUGUCUGGACUCCAAUUAAUCGACCGUGUGAGAAUCACCCCUCACGCGUCAACUACGUUCAGAAGGCAGCUUCAUAAUAUGAGGGCAGCAGACGUAGAGGGCAGCUUCAUAAUGUGAGGGCAGCAGACGUAGGCCUAGAUGGCAACUUCAUAAUACCAAAAAUAACAGUGAAAAAUUAAAUGUUAAAACUGAGAAAAAGAUAAAAAUGCUUAUACUGAAAAACACAAAUAGUUCAGGAUACUGCUACUUGUAAAUGUUUUAAAAAUGACAUCACAUAAAGAUUUGGCCUCUGUUUCUUUGUUAAAUUUUGCAAUAAAAUGUUAUUUCAAUAUAAUAAUUCAUUACAGAUCUUUUUAACAGAAUAAACAGAUCGCACUUUG